AGCUGGUGGGAAAUUAUUUACUUAACGUCUGAAGGAAACUACAAAAUACUGCAUAUAGACAAUGUGCAUUUUAUGUUUUUGUGAUCCUUAAAGACUCCAGCUUCUAAUUUUAAAGCCAUUUCUAUUUGGUGUCGAGGAUAACUAACGAUCGUUAGCUUGCGCUACAAUUCUAUUCGAAAUGGUCGACGGGCCAAAAGCUAAGAUAUUCAAUGAUUCUAUCCAUGGCUAUAUUGAGAUGCAUCCACUAUGUGUCGCUAUCAUCGACACGGAACAAUUUCAACGUCUUCGCUGCAUCAAGCAAAUGGGUGGCACUUAUUUUGUCUAUCCGGGAGCAUCGCACAACAGGUUCGAACACUCAAUAGGGACAUCCUAUCUUGCUGGCUAUUUCGUAGAAAGCUUGAGAAGGAAACAAGGAAAAGAGUUAGAUAUUGAAGAGAAAGACGUGUUAUGCGUCAAAAUUGCCGGCCUUUGUCAUGACUUGGGGCAUGGACCGUUUUCCCAUAUGUUUGACAACGAUUUUAUUCCAAAAGUGAGACCUUUGCUGGAGUGGUCGCAUGAGGUAGCCAGUGAAAAAAUGUUUGACCAUCUCAUUGAAUCGAAUGGAGGUGUUAAGAAAAUGUUUGAAAAAAACGAGCUCGGUGACAAAGACAUAUGUUUUAUCAAGAAAUUAAUGACUGGUGAAACACCAAAAUCUGAAGAGGAAUGGAAAGAAGUCGGAAGAGAAAAGAAUAAACCGCGUUUCCUUUUCGAGAUUGUCGCUAACAAGAUCAACGGUAUUGACGUCGACAAGUGGGAUUACUUUGCACGUGACUGUAAAUAUCUUGGCAUCAAGAGCUCCUUCGAACACAUGCGAUGUUUAUCGCUGGCAAGAGUGAUCAAAUCAGGAAAAAAAGGUGAAGCAGAGAUUUGCUAUCGUGACAUCGCGGCGGGAAAUAUCUACGAUUUGUUCCACACMAGACUUAGUAUCCAUAAAAAGGCCUGUCAGCAUAAGACGGUAAACGCCAUCGAAAUGAUGAUAACUGAGGCUCUAGUAAAGGCAGAUCCACAUUUUAAGAUCAAAGGAGAAAAUGGGCGAGAACCAAGUACGAUAUCGACAGCAAUAGAUGACAUGGUUGCCUACACUAAACUGACAGACCACGUGUAUUAUGAAAUACUCUAUUCGACUAAAGACGAAUUAAAAGAGGCAAGGGAAAUCUUGCAGAACAUAGAACAACGAAAAUUGUAUAAAUUCAUUGGGUACACGAUUCCCAAAGACAACCCAGACGAGAAAGGUGUUCCUGCCAUGCGGAAAGAGAUAUUCGACAUUGUCAAGGAAAAUGCAGAAGAGUUGAAAGAAGAUGAUAUUGUUGUGCAGCUGACGCCUUUCAAGUAUGGUGGAACGGAUGACAAAGACCCAGUGGGAAAAGUUCGCUUCUAUGCCAAACAUCGUGAAAACGAAUCUUUUAAUAUUAAAAAAGAACAGGUAAGCCGCAUGCUGCCUGUGGUAUUUAUUGAAGAGGAGAUAAGAGUUUACUGCAAGGAAAGAAAACAACCGACUGUAGAAAAGAUGAAAACAGCUUUCCUUGAAUGGUGUACACAUCGGGGAUAUGAGGUCGAGAACAAAUUGCAGGGGCCAAGAAUUCAAAGAACCGACCACAACCCAAACGAAGUCGAACACGAUGACGAUAAAGAUCUUCAUUUGGAAACCUAAAAAUACUAUUUGUAUAGAGACCGCUCAUAAAUGCACGACAAUAUAUGUGGUUUUUGAUCGGAUARUUACUAGGGGUAGUCUAAUACCCAGCAUAAUCCAUCCUUUCUCUGCUUUGAUUAUUUUAUCCAAUUACAAGCUUCGUUCUAUUCUACCAAUAGCGGUCGACUUAAUAAUUGAUGCAUAAAGAAACUUUAUGAAUUUUAUGAUUUUGCACUUAGCUUUAAGCGAAAUUCAUCUGUAUACUGCUCUCUUAGCCUGAGCAGUUUUCGUAUGACUGUGAAAAGCUUGUGGCACGARCACGGCAAGGCAUACGCCAAACCAAUMACACUGCGCGAGAACUCCCACUCCUCCAAUCAAAUACCCGGAACACGGCAUAAACAAGGGGCAGACACGGUCUUAGCCGAGGUCAAGGCACUGCCAGACUAAAUACUUUUUGCGUGAGUUAAAAUCAGCCGAUCAAAACUUUAGAAAACAUCCCAAGCCACAGUCGCGACAAGACACGCAUACAUCUAUUUAAAAAAAAAAACGUUGUCAGUCGGAAAUACCGACGGCACCGAGCUUUUCACCGAGUCAUACGAAAACUGGUGUAAUCUUGACUAUGUCUUACUUCUGUGCACAAAGAUGAAAACUACUAUAGUCAUUUAUGCAAAGUGCACCUAAAAGUUGUUUAAACACAUUAUGCCCAAAGUAAAAGAUUCGCUAAAUCUA